GCGGUGCUAAAUCGUGCAGGUUAUACCCCAGAGGUUAGCCAUAGGGUUUUAGUUGAAAUGGCAGAGCAUAGAAAGGAGCUGGAGAAGAAAACUAAGCCCAUCCUUGAUACUCUAAGGAGUUACCAAGAUUUGCCUCCGGAUAAAGCUUUGGCUGCCUUAGCAAUUGAGGAUAAGAAAAGGCAGUAUGCUGAAAUAAUGAGACACUCCAGUAUUUUGCCUUGUAGAAGCUAAAUUUUCAUCAGAAUCUCCCUGUAUAAUAUCACCUGCAAAUUUUGGAAGAGACGGCACCUACAAAUUCAGAUAUCAUUUCCCCACUGCCAAGUUUCUCAACAAAGCAUCGUCUCUCCACAAUAAAUUGCUCCCGCUGAUUUUUUAACUUCUUGUUGAGGUCAACAAGUACAUCUAUGUCCUCUUGCAUUUCAAUCCUUUGCUUUUCAAGAUGUUUUUUAUUCUCGUCAGCUUCGGGAGUUGCUACUGUACCCCUGAUAAAUGAGGGGUUUUGGUACUGUAGCUAAUGUGUAUAUGUACACAUCAUCUAAAUACCAUGUCAAAUGCCAUGUCAACCUUUUAAAUAAAAAUUAUUUUAUAUUUAAAUUUUUACAUUAUU